AUGUCUUCGCCUGGGACAAGAAUUCAAGCACUUCCUUCAGAUGUGGCAGCUAAGAUCAGGUCCUCUACUUCAAUCACUCACUUAAAUGGAGUGAUUGUCGACUUGAUCAAGAACUCGCUGGAUGCGGGCGCACAUACAAUCCUCAUCUCGGUGGAUUUCAAACGUGGGAGCUGCAUAGUGGAAGAUGAUGGCGAAGGAAUACUACCGAUUGAGUUUGAAAGCACAGGUGGGCUUGGAAAAGCACAUCAUACGUCAAAGUAUCAAAGACCUGGUGUCUAUAGCCAUCGUGGUAUAUUUCUGGCUUCUUUGGCCUCGCUGUCCUUGCUUACUGUGACGUCUCGUCGUAGCCAACAUCCAACGACGAACUCCGUCAUCUUUCAUGAUUCAAAACCCGUGGCACGAUUGAUCCCUGCGCCAGCACAUCAGGGUCUUCGGCUUGGUGAACGUGGCACUUGCAUCACUGUCAACGAUCUUUUUGGCAAUAUGCCGGUGCGUGUGAAAAGCCGGGCUUUAGCUCUCGAAAAGCCGGAGGACUUAGAAAGAGAAUGGGACAAUCUCAGAUAUUUGCUGGUCUCUCUCAUCCUGGCCAAUGCCCAGCUCUCGAAGCUGGUCGUUUCAGAUGCGGCAAGAGGCAAACGAAUCACGCUUCGUCCUACAUCUCCUGCACGAUCUCGCUCUCCCAACCUUUCUGCGAGUGAAAUGGAUCUCGGACGUAUUGGGUCCAUCCUCUCCCAAUCCGGCAUGAUCGACUCGCGGAACAUGGAUUCAUGGCGUGUCAUAUCGGCGUCGAUUCCAGAUCUCACGAUUCAUGCAGCGAUAUCGACUGUGCCAAGUCCCUCAAAAAAAUUCCAAUUCAUUUCGUUGGGCAAGCAUCCGGUUCUAUCACGAAACCGCACAAACGUCCUGUUUAAUGAGGUCAACCGAUUAAUGUCUAUGUCUGACUUCGGAAACACCGGGGGUCUCUCCGACACAACCCCGGCAAGUCCAUCUCCAAUGUCUCGAAUUUCUGACGCCUCAGUCAAUGUGGCUGGUGGAAAGUGGGCCAAGCCUGUCAAUAAAUGGCCGAUGUUCUACAUACGCAUUGAAACCGAGUCUCUUGAACACUUCGAGGAUAGCGAUGAACCCUCUGCCUCCGAGACGUCCAUACAGGGCAUUACAGAUGUCCUUGAAGCAAUGGUUCUAGAGUUUCUGAAGCAGCAGAAUAUGCGACCUCGUUCUAGUAGACGACUACAGAAGCCGCCCGAUCGGUCUCAGAAAACUACCAGCACUACGCGGACGAGUUCUACGCGAUCUGACAGCUUCACCAAGCGUGGUCGGAAUUCGAGUACCGAAGAGUGUUUUAGCAGCCACCUGAAACUUCCUUCUCUUCAGAGAUCGCGAUCCGCGAAUACGGGUCCAUACUUCCAUAACUGGUCCCGAGUCAAAGCCGCAAAGCGUGCUGAAAGUUCAGCCUUUGGGGCUGGCGCUAAUGGUGCGGGCCCUAUUUCUGAAAAUGACCAUUUUUCGAGCGAUGAGCAACUUCCUUUUCUUACAGAACACCCACGAAGUCGUCUGAAGCACAGUCGACACUUCGUUGCAUGCUCUGAUCAACCAGAUGCAUCUCAGGAUGAGCCAGUUCCCUCGGUAGGAUCUCUCAGAGAAAUCGACCAAGGCGAGCCCGAGCUUGAUUUAUCGGAGGCUUUUGCGGACAAAUUGAUGUCUUGGGUUGACCCGUGUACUGGGAUAACACAUCAGAUCAACUCACGAACAGGCCAGACCGUCCACCCUAGAGCACUCAGUGCUGGUCCUAGGUCUAACCGCUUUCUUCCCACUUUCCAAAAGCCAGACCGUUCUAGCGAACCGAGAUUCAGCUCUUCUUCUAGCCUCUGGGUGGAUAAUCUGCUAGAUGGAUGGGAUAAUCCUAUAUUCGCUAGAACGGAAAUGUCGGUGCCAAAUCUUGAUGCUGGAUUGGACUGCUUGCAUGAUACGGUUCUUUCUCCACGUUGCCAUGAGGACGUUGGAUUCUUGGACAGUACGCAAAUUGCCAAAUUCAGAGGCAAACUGCGACGUCAAAGCCUGGCGACGGCCACCAUAAUCGCGCAGGUCGAUCAGAAAUUUAUCCUUGUCAAAUUCCGCACUAUGCAUGCUCAGGCUCCUGCUGGAGAUGAUUCAGGGGAAGUCUUGGUCUUGAUCGAUCAGCACGCAGCUGAUGAGCGAUGUCGAGUUGAACAACUGUUUAAAGACAUGUUCAUUUCCCCCGGCUCUUUACAUCAGUGGGAUCAAGUUCACACCGCUGAAAUUGACCCCAUUACAUUUGGCAUCUCCUCUACAGAAGCUGCUCUGUUUCGCAAAUACUCAUAUUUCUUUGGAGGCUGGGGCAUUGACUACUCCUUGACCGAAAAAGGAGAAUCUGGAGUGACUGUCCACGUAAAUACACUACCAACUCUUAUAGCUGAGCGCUGUCGACUUGAGCCCAGUCUGAUUGUGGAUCUCCUUCGCCGUGAGAUUUGGACCAGCGAGGAGGAAGACGGAAAGCCAUUAGGCUCAAAAAGGGCAUUGAGAAACUUUUCAUUUGGCCACGAUUUUGAUGACGAGGAAGCAUCAUCGGAUAGAAUUGGUGCCACCGCUGCGCAUCCAUGGGUACAGAAAAUGAGCGGCUGUCCGCAGGGUGUCCUUGAUAUACUCAAUUCUCGCGCAUGCCGCGGUGCCAUUAUGUUCAAUGACCCGUUGGAUAUUGAAAACUGCAGAGCAUUAAUUACACGGCUGUCACAGUGCGCAUUCCCGUUCCAAUGUGCUCACGGCCGACCGUCCAUGAUUCCCAUUCUCGGCUUGCGACCACCGUCUGGAAGUCACCCUUUGUUCUCUGAUGCUGGCAUCAUGGGCUCAGGUUGUGAUGAAAAUAACGAUAAUGGGUUGGACUUCUUGAAGGCAUUCCGGGCGCGGUAUGCGGAUUAG